AAAGUUAUUGUCGCCAUUACUAAGGAGAUUCAAAAGAUAACUUUAUACCUUACUGCAGAAUUAUUUAAAGAACAUCUUGAAAGUUAUGUAGAAAAGUAUUCUAAAGGAUAUAUUAAAGAUAUUGAAAAACAUCGUUAG